AUGGCGUCAGAGUUGGAAAAAGCAAUUGCUGAUGCAUUCAAGAGUAGGAACAUUACAGCUCUGGGCGGAUUCCUGCAAAAACCCAUAAAUGAAGCUGUCAAAUGUUCUGCAGAGUUUCUGAAUAAACUGGAUAUUCUCAUCAAUCAGAGCUUGAGUGAAAAAGAUUCCAAUGCUGUCAGUAUUGCUCUCACAGUCAUCUAUAAGUGGGGGAAGAACCUGAAAUUUCCUAUGGGCACUCAAGGAAUUACAGGACUUAUAGACCAAGGAUUGAUCCAGAAGAUGGUUCAGUGGUUUGACAAAUGCAAACAACUGUGGAUUCUGCAUGGACCACAGUUCGAUCAGUCUUUGUCCAGAUUGUCAGAAGACUUCUUUGAUGUUUUAACGAUGGUCCAUAAAGCAUCCAAAGAUGGAAUGUUUGGAAUCCAGUUCUUCCUGUAUCAUAUUGGUCACUUGGUAAACGAUGCCAGAAUUUUCAUUUUCAUCAGAAAAAAGGCUAUUUCCACAUUGACCAUAAUUCUGAAAAAUGUCCCAGCUUCACCUGAGAGGGAAAAGUUCUUCACAUCACUGGAUACCUCAGAUAUUAUGACGAACCUUGCUGGUCAAAUAAUGCAGUGUGGCGAUUAUGACAUGCAGGUUUCUCUGAUUGAAGUAUUAUUCCGGCUGACUACUACUGAUCAAAGACAGAAGCUGUCUUCUCACUGGUUCAGCAUGGCUCAAGUUGCCUGUGCCUUUUGGCAAAUAAAGCCUUUGGAGUUUGAAGUGGAUUGUCGCACAUUUCUGAUAUUUGUGAAUGGAUUACAAGGUGAAAAUGGAAGAGUAAUGUCCUACCCAUGUUUGGAGGUUUACCUGGACGCUUUCAAGUUGCUGAAGCCUUCCGACGACAAGCUUAGCAAAUUCUGGAUUGACUUCAACCUCGGCAGUCAAAGCAUCUCCUUUUAUUUCUCACUUUGUGAUGAAAAGUCUCCGACAAGUCUCUGGGAUUCAAUCUGUAUCUCUGAGAAUGAGCUCCAAAGUUACACUCUUACAGAGAAGGGAACAAAACAAAUUUUACAGUUACGGCUCUCUGAAGUGGUCAUGACAGGUAGCUUGCAAGGAUCAAGUAUCACCAUCAUCUUCUGCUCCACCCUGAACAUCCUGCAGACUGUUUGUUGCAUCUAUGGACACAGAAAGUACAAAAGCACCAUUAGAAAGACAUCUGUUGCAAAUAUGACACUUAAUAUCAUUGAGGAAGACAAAUCCCAGAAUUGUAUCCCAGAGAGUCAACUGUCCCUUGGUGUUGAUGUUAAAAACAUUAACAACUUCCUUGGAGCCGUAGAAACAUCUUCACAAGUACCAGCCAAUAUGAUGCUUUCAGAGCUGACUACUUUCAGCAACAGAAGUUCAAAAGGGCGCACACAUCAGUCUAGUAUGUACUACUACAAAAUGACCAUACCACUAAUAAGUGAAUCAGUAAAGAUAGAGGGACAGGGUACAGAACAAUCUCAAGAGGAUACUUUUGUGCCCGGUACCCAGUUGUUAACUGAGAGAAACAUAGAGAGACACUCGUUGGUAGAAACUUCCAGUAGGAAAUCUACAUCCAAACAGGAGACAAAUUCUAAUGAUAUGGAAAAUGCACGAGCAGGAGAUGUAACCAAACUCCUUAGUAAGAUCCCAUCAAACUCUGCAAACCAAAGGUUGCCAAAGAAGGCAAUUUCGGAGCCUGGCAAACCCAGUGUCAACAAAAGACCCCGGCGGGCUGCAACCUUGGGCAAGAACUAUGAAGAGCCAUACACCGAUGAGAGCUCGUCCGAAUUAGAGAUGCCUCAAUCAACCAAGCGGAAUAGUAUUAUUGCCCAACCAAACAAGUCCAGUGUCACAAAGAUUCAUGCCCAAAAACCCACGUCCAAGCGUUCCCAUCCUGACCAACUGGCCUCCCAGUCAUGCACAGAGAGGAGCCAAUGCAGGCCGAGCCCUGUUCCUCCGCUGCGGGAUCUCCGACGAACACCCCAGUUUCUCGAGUGUUCCCCCACGGCGUGUGGGACGCGAGGCGCGCGCAUCUGUCCCGAGCAGACCCAGGCCCCGAAUACGCCGCGGCUAUCCAGCCGGGGCGGGCUGAUAUCCGGCUCUGAAAUGUCCACCCAUUUAAUGGAGAUGGCCUUCUCUCCUGCUUUCAGUCUGCCACCAUCUUCCACACUAAAGGAGACACCUGUGAUCCAACAGUCUUCACUUUCAGUGGCCUCUUUGCCCUUGGCAUUCAAAAAGGCAUCCGCCAUUGUCACUUCCCCACAUUCACAUUUUUCUGUCUCUGACCUGAAUUGUAGCUUUACUCCAGAAUCUGAUGUAUCUCAGGUUUCUGUUUGUCUUUCCAUUCAAGUUCAGCAAAGCACAAUUGCCUCACAGGCUGAGAAAACACCACAUUCAAAUAAAGAGCCUACUUUCAUCUCAGAUGCAGAGAAGAUCACUGAGGGCAAAGGACUAGCUACCUGCUCUUCAAUGAUGACAGAUCACUCCACCAUUGAUGGUGGAAAUGAAGAGAUGCACUUGGAGGAUUUAGAGUUACCAAAUGUUGCCAUGAACUUCAGUAAUCUGUCUCAGCUGCUCAGCAACAAACUAAAGGCAAAGUUUUACAUUCAGAACAAUGUCAAGAUAUUGAACAUGUUUUACAAAGAGAACAUGAGGACCAUCCAGGAACAUAUCUUCGCUCUACACACGCAACUUGGUAAACACAGUGUUGCGGAGGUGCUGGAGCCUGUAACAGCUAACUACUUGCAGGAGGCGGGGUACACCCCAGUGUUCGGACUGUUUGCCAGGAAGCUUGCAAUUGUUCAAAAGGUCUUUCUGAAUGAGGUCCACAAGUUGAAGAAGGGGAGGGCUAUGCUGAGUAGCAUUGAAAAUGACCUAAAGAUAUGCUUGGAAAAGCAGAACACUUUUUUCCAGUCAUAUCACAAGCAGGCAAUCAAAAGCAUAGCGGUCCUGAAGAGAACCCUGAGAGACCUGCGUUUGAGCCAUAAGUACGACGAGCAAUUAUUCAUAUCCCAGAUGGCUCAUCUUAAAAAAGACAUGGAGUCAGUCCAGGCGCGCCUCCUCAGAACAAUGGCAAGUCAGCAGUCUCCUGAACACGAAGCUGCUAGCAUCAUCUCCUGUCCAAGGAGGAAGAGUGACUUGCUGAUGAGGCUCUAG